AGGCGGCAGGAGCUGCUGGCGGUCAGCGAGGAGCUGGGAGAGGCCGAGCUGGCGGCUCUCAAGUUCCUCAGCCGGGAGCACAUUCCCAUGAGGAAGCUGGAAGCCAUCCAGAAGGCACAGGACUUCUUCGACGCCCUGCAGGAGAAAGGCAUGAUCGAGGGGGACAACCGGUUCUUCCUGAUGGAGCUGCUCUAUCGGAUCCGUCGGAUCGACCUCCUGGAAUCCAAGCUGGGCGCCAGACGACAAGAGGUGGAGAGGGGGCUCCAGAUACCAGGNNUGUCCUCCACUUCUCUUUCUAGAUAUCUGCUCUUUCAGUUGUCAGAAGAUAUCAGUGAAGAUGAGCUGAAGUCUUUCAAGUUUCUUUUGGGGGAAGAAUUACCAAAAUGCAGGCUAAUCCCUAAGACUACAAUGCUUGACGUUUUCACUGAGAUGGAGAAGAAGGGGAUUUUGGGAGAAGACAACCUAAGUGCCCUGAAGAGUCUCUGUGCACAAAUUAACAUCAGCCUGUUGAAGACAAUUGAAGAGUAUGAAUUAAAAUUCGGUGAAGAAGAGAUGCUUGUCACAGAGGAACAGAGGGGCACCAGAGGAGGCUCUGAAGCCCAUGCCAGAUACCUGCUGUCACCUGUGGCACCUGAUUCUCCCAGCAGACGGAAUGAAUCUUCCCAGCUUGAAGUUUACAAAAUGACCAGCCGACCCCGUGGAGUGUGCCUCAUCCUGAAUAAUCACAACUUUGCAAAAGCCAGGGCAAGAGUGCCAGAACUCAAAGACAUGAAGGAUCGGAAUGGGACAGAUGUGGAUGCAGAGGCUCUGAAGAGAGUCUUUAGCAAGCUUCAUUUUACAACAGCAGUAUAUAGAGACCUCACUGCAGAAGAAAUCCGUAAGACUGUGAACAUCUACCGCUGUGAAGACCACAAGGACAAAGACUGUUUUGUUUGCUGUAUCCUGUCUCAUGGGAAAAAAGGCAUGAUAUAUGGUGUUGAUGGGCAGGAAGUAUCUAUCCAGGAACUGACCACUUCCUUCACUGGGCAGAAUUGCUACUCACUUGCUGGAAAACCAAAAGUUUUUUUUGUUCAGGCCUGCCAAGGUGAUGCUUGCCUGGAAGGUGUGAACAUUGAAACAGAUUCUAGAGUGCCAGAUGCUUCUGUAGAAACAGAUGCAAGAUUUCAGCUUGAGUGCAUCCCUGCAGAGGCAGACUUCCUCUUGGGCAUGGCUACCCUGCAAGAUUAUGUUUCCUACAGAAGCCCAUCCCAGGGGACCUGGUACAUCCAGGCAUUGUGCCACCACUUGGAGCACAGCUGUCCUCGAGGAGAGGAUAUUCUAACCAUCCUAACAGCAGUGAAUCAAGAGGUGAGCAGAAGGACGUGCCAGCCGAAUUCAAAGAAGCAGAUGCCACAACCCACUUUCACAUUGAGAAAAAAGCUCAUUUUUCCUGUCAACUGAAUGGGAG